AAAACAUGGCUGAAUGGGAGGCAAGUAAGCAACAAUCCAGAAAAAGGUUCAUUUACACCUUCCCCUUCUCCAAGAAAACGCACCUUCACUCUCUCUAUAAAUACCAAAUCCAACCGAACAACUUGCUCUAAGAAACAAAACAUAGAUACUCAUCAUCAGGGUCUCUCUGUUUCGGAGCCAAACCAAAAACACACACACUUGUUCUUCUAUGGCUGGCCUUCAACAAUACAACUUCUUCCCCACCGAUCUCUUGUACCCUCGUCCACAACCACAACAAGCUUCUCCUAAGCCCACUGUGCUUCCCCUCCAAACCCCUAAUGUUCAAGAUCACACUCAGCCUCAACAACCACCUAGGACCAAUGCCACCCCUUCUACCUCUGCUGUUCUUUCUAGCCAAAAGGGUCAUUCUAUUGCUGCCGUUGACAACAAGCUCUCCAAAUUCUCAUCAGACCCACUUUCUUGCUUGCUUUGGAUCACUGAUGAUGAAGAUUUUUGAAUUCUCCCCCAGAGUGGUCUGGUCCAUCAAUCAUACUACGUGGUUCGGUUAAAGACCAAAGGAAUAAGAUUAAGUCAUCAUUUCAUGUUUAGGAGUUAGGACACUGUAAAUUAUUAUUUAAGGGACUUACCCCUCUUCUUUUUUAUUCCCUUUCUUUACUUUUAAGCCUUUGAUCAAUUCUCUUCUUUCACUUUUUUUUUUCAUGGUUUUCAUGAACAGCUUUAGUUAGUUUACACUACUAUAGAACCUGAAUGGUCCUACUCAUACAAAGAUGAAAAUCAAUAAAGCUGAAGCUUGUGUCAUGUGUUUUUUCA